CACCGCGUCGCUGCAUCUGCCAGGCUGGGCUCAGGCCGCGUUCGAGCCACGUUCGACCCCUGGUGUGUUGUGUCGGGCCGUCCAGGACACAAGGCAUGUACGGGCUGCUGUGUGAGAGUCUGCACGACUUCAUCAAGGAGUCGUACGGAGAUGACGUGUGGAAGCUGGUCCGAGAGAGGGCCGACGUCCGCCUGCACUCCUUCGUCACCCACCAGGUGUACAGUGAGAGUGUGAUUCCCCGUAUUGCCAAGGCAGCCAGCGGGGUGACAGGGACGCCCUACAACGAGCUGAUGAACUCUUGGGGCGUCUACUUCCUGGGGUUCGUAGGGAAGUACGGCUACGACCGGAUCCUCAAGGUUUUAGGUCGUCACGUGCGGGACUUUGUGAAUGGCCUGGACAACCUGCACGAGUACCUUCGCUUCAGCUACCCCAAGGUCCAGCCACCAACCUUCUUCUGCCAAGAGGAGUCUGCUACCGGAGUCACCCUUCACUACAGGAGCAAGAGGAAGGGCUACCUGCACUACGCCAUGGGGCAGCUUCGGCAGAUGGGAAAGCAGUUCUACGACACGGACAUCCAUGUGGAGGUGCUGUCGGAGCAGCUGGUCGGAGACUACUCUCACGUCACUAUGAGGCUGAACUUUGACAACUCGGCCUAUCGCUACAUCAUGAAGGAGGACGAGGAGGAGCAGGAGAUUCUACCAAUCACAAGCGACUUCUUCUUCGAAGUCUUCCCCUUCAACAUUGUCUUCAGACAGGACAUGGUGGUCCAUAACGUGGGUUCUGGCCUGGCCACUGUGUUCCCUGACCUGGAUGGGAAGAAGAUUAACGAUGCCUUCCUGCUGGCGCGGCCUCUGGUGGAGUUCACCUGGAACAACAUCAUCUCCCAUCCCAACAACCUGUUUGAGAUCAUGUCCAAGGAGCCUGUGAAGAGGGAGAGGAACCUCCACAACCGAGUCCAGAAUUCCGACUACGAGACCGCCAACCGCACAGCCGAUGUGGAUGUGGAGCUCAUGGCCUUCCAGUCCAUCAUUGGAGACGACUACAAAGAUGGUAACAGUGCCAACGCCAUGGAGAGCUGGGGAGACGGCAGUCGAUGUCUGAAACUGAAGGGACAGAUGAGAUACAUGCCUGAGUGGGAGUCCAUCAUCUUCCUGGGAACCCCUGUCAUGGAGAGUUUGAGUGCUAUGUUUAAGACAGGCCUAUACAUCAACGACCUGAGCAUGCAUGACUCCAGCAGAGACCUGGUGCUGGCUGGAACACAACAGUCCGAGGAGCUGAAGAGAGCUCUCAUACAGGAGCAGAAGAAGUCCAGUAAGCUGGAGGAGAGCAUGAAGAUGCUGGACUACGAGAUGAAGAAGACCGACGACCUUCUCUACAGGAUGAUCCCCAAACCCGUAGCCAAGAGACUGAGGAAGGGAGAGCCUGCUGUCAACACCUGUGAGGUGUUUCCAGAUGUCACCAUCUUAUUCAGUGAUGUCGUUGGCUUCACUCGUAUCUGCAGCCACAUCACCCCCAUGCAGGUGGUGUCCAUGCUCAAUACCAUGUACACACUGUUCGACACGCUCAGCGAAAAGCACAGAGUCUUCAAGGUGGAGACGAUUGGUGAUGCCUACAUGGUGGUAGCUGGCGCUCCAGAGAAGACAAAAUACCACGCCCACAACAUCUGUGACAUGGCCCUGGACAUGGUGCGCUCCAUAGACCACCUCAAAGACCCUUCCAACGGCAACAACAUACAGAUACGCGUGGGGAUCCACUCUGGAAUGGUGGUGGCCGGCGUCGUCGGGCACAAGAUGCCACGCUACGGUCUCCAUGGCGACACAGUCCACACGGCUUCCGCCAUGGAGAGCAACGGCAAGGAAAUGCACAUCCAGCUGAGCAGUGCGACCUAUGAGCACCUGAAGGGAAGUCACUUCAUCUUCGAGAGGCGGGGCACCAUCACCAUUAAGGGGAAUGUGGAGAUUGAGACGUACUGGCUGAAGGGGAAGAGGGACAAGGAUGGGAAUGCUCAGGCUGCCUGCCCCCAGUUUGAGACCCAGACCAUCAGCAAGGCCACCAUCUCAGCCCCGGACACGGCAGGAGAACAGGAGGGACUGGUGUUUCCUCUGGUUGCACUGAAAGACGAGAACGACGUCAAGUCCCUCCAGGCUCACCGGAUGAAGAUGGAGGUCUCUGGCCAUUCCCUGGAGGACUCCCUGGACGAGGAGCAGGUGGAGAACCUGCCAGGCAGCAAGUCUCACUAUAAAAGUGCCCUCCAGGACAAUGGCCUCCAAGACCCUCACAUUGACCUGGAGUCUCCGGAGUUCGACGUGAGAGAUUCCAUCAUGGCGUCCCCUGACGGCUCCUGCGACUCGCACAGCUCGGAGAAGAGCACCAUGUGUUCCGUGUCAUGAGGAGUAGAUCCAUACGUCCAUAUCCAACACAUAGACUGUUAUCUGAGCCCCACCGAUGAUGAUCAUGAUUAUUAUUACUACGUUGUCUGUAAUGCUAAGAUAAGGAUGACGUUCAUCACUGUAUUGUCUAUAAUGCUAAGCUAAGGAUACUGAUUGUUAUCACUGCUUUGUCUAUAAUGCUAAGCUCAUGAUGAUUAUAUUGUUUUAAAGUUGUCUACAAUUGUCUGGAAUGCUAUGAUAAUGAUAAGAAUUUUACUAUAGUGCUUGAACUAUUGAGUUUGUUGUAUGUAUAUAGAUUCUCUCUUCACAUCUCUUGCCUGGAAUGUGAUGCACUUUUAUGCCUCUUUCUGAGAUGGAGUUCAUAUUUGAUCUUAGUCAAUUUAGUAGUGAAUCACAGAAGUGCUGCUGUUUCUGACCUCCUAUCCUGGCACAGUCCCCUCCCACAGCCUCCCCCAGCCUCUCCCCUCCCCUAACCUCCCCCCUAGCCUCCCCCAGCCUCUCCCCUCCCAUAUCUUCCUCCCAGCCUCCCCUAUCCCAGCUUC